UGACGAAAUUAAUCAAAAAGUAAUUGAAUGAAGCUUGUAAUUAAUGAUAUUCUUAGGAACAUGUAAACUAGGUUGAGAUUAUGGUGUCUAGCAAGUGGAUUUAAUUGAUAUUACCUGUUUUAUGCGAGAAAUGUAUUUUGAACAUUUACAUGUUUUUGUUUUGUUUUCAAAAAAAGCUAGAUCAACUCGGAAUUAGUGCUUACACAUCAGUUACACAUCAACCAAGCGCUGGUAACUCAUUGUUUACUUUUUGAACUCUUUCAAGUUCCUCAUUUGCUAUGAAACUUGUUGUAAAUCAAUUGAAGUUAAGUGCCAAUUUACAGCGAAAGAUAGAAGCUAUAAGCUACUAAAGCGACUCAUUUAAGGAACAUCCUCAAGACACUCGAUACCAAAAAGAAGGAAUUACAUAUCGAGUACCAUUCCUCGCACAGAAUUUAUGUUUUGUUUAAAGAAUUUAUUUUAGUCUUGAUAAUUAUCGUAAAAAAGCCUAUAAGAUGGAACUGGAGAAUAUAAACCCGAAUAUAUUUAAGAAGUCAGACGAGCGUCCAGUCAGUGAGAGUGAAAAGAAUGAGAAUACAGUCGAUCCAAUUGAUUCUAGAGAAGUUUUUGACUUAAUAAGGAAUAUUAAUGAUCCAGAGCAUCCAUUGACAUUAGAGGAAUUGCAUGUAUUAGAAGAGAGUCGAGUUGAGGUUGAUAAUGAGAAGAGCUUCAUUCGUAUUCUUUUUACGCCUACAAUUCCACAUUGCAGUAUGGCAACGCUUAUUGGAUUAAGUAUUCGAGUAAAACUACUCAGAUCUCUUCCGCCUCGAUUUAAAAUAUCCGUUCAAAUAACACCAGGAACUCACUCGUCUGAGAAUGCUAUAAACAAACAGCUAGCUGAUAAGGAGAGAAUAUCUGCAAGUUUAGAGAAUUCAACGCUACUUGAGGUAGUUAAUCAAUGUAUCGCUAGAUCUAAUCGAUGAAUAUUCUUUAUUAAUUGAAUUCUUAAUAAAAAUUAUAAGUUACUAAGGAACCAGCACAAAAUUAUCGUUUCUUUGCUUCCAUUGCUGUAGCUGGCUUUGGUUUCGUUGGAUCAUAUUUAUAGGUUUUUUGGAUGGAUCCUUUUGCUGCUUUUUGAAACAAAAUCUCGUCGAGACGUUUACGUUCUUCCAAUUCUCUUGUAAUUUUCAUAUUUGUCCAUGAAUCUUUUAGUCCUUCCUUAAAUCCCUUCUUCUUUACUGGUGCUGUUUUCUGUGGAACAACUUUAUCAAUUUUAAAGUAUUCGCGAACGGCUGGAAUUCUUAAAAAUGAUACUUGAAUGAGGGAAAUAAUAUUACUGAAUGUCCAAUAUGUAACAAUGGCACCAGGAAAAUUAACUGUGAAUGGUAAAAUCACAAAUGGCAAUGCUCUCAAGACAUAUUUCAUUGUCUGCAUGUUUUGAUGUUGUAAUCUUGCACUGUCUGUUCCCAAUUCAAUUGUUGCCAACAUUGUUAUGCUCGUGAUGAUUGGUAAAGCAAAGAAUUGAUCAGCAACUGUUAAAUCUGUAAACCAGAAAAGUCCACCUUCCUUCAUUGAUUCUACGGGAGCAUUUGCCAUUUGACGUAAUCCAACAAAGAAUGAAAUAAAAAGUGGUGCCUGAGCUAAUGGAACAAUCAUGUUUUUAAGUGGAUUAACAUUCUUUUCCUUCAUAAAUUCAACCAUAGCUUGUGAAUAUCGAGCAGCUUCUAUAGCAUUUCCACUUUGACGUGCCUCUGUCAUUUUUGCCUGAAGAACUUGAAGUUGUGGCAUAUUAUUGGCAAGUUUUGCACCAUUUCUUUGUGCCAUAAUGACCAAAGGGAAAAUAAUCGUUCGUACACAAAUCGUUCCUAUCAAAAUUGUCGUCCACCAAGGAAUAUCGCAACUAAUAUGUAGAAAUUCCAUACAAUUUUGGACCAUUCCAACUGGAGUCCAUCCGCCUAAGCCUAAUGUACUAAAUGCAGGCUCUACGCCUUCAGCUAAUGCCUGGGAUGUUUCUAUACCCUUCUCAACAAAAUCCUGUAUUGGAACUUGAGGCGGUUCUGGGAUAUUUUCUAGUGAUAUAUCGGAACUUGCGAAUCUGAUUGCAUUUGUCUUGAUCUCGAAUUUCUUGUUUUCAAAGAGAAUAACCGGCGAUGUUCGGCUAUUAAGGUGACUAAAGUUCCUUAGUAAAUUUAAUUUAUUUACAUUCUAUAAUUACAAGAAAUGUGACAAUUUGUGAAAAUCACUUUAUUGUUAAUAAUAGCAAGUAAUAUCACUUACAUUUGCGUUUAUGGAUAUCCUCGAACAAUUUUGAAGGCUCUUUACUAAACCUGUAUGUCGGUACAUCUUUAAUUAUCUUUAUUUUUUUAUUAAAAGUGACUAUUUUCGCAAUUUUUUUUGUUUAUAAAAUUUCCGAGAUGACAAAUUUAAAACAAUUAUAAAAUAUAAAAACCGUUAAUUUUUAAGCUUUACUUUUUAAUAUUAUUGGAUGUUGUUGGAAUCAAAUUGAUGAAGCUCUGAUCGUAACACUUUGGACAAUAGUAUUCAUCAUGAGAGGUAACACCAGCACACUUCAAAUGGAGAGGAAAACAUCCACAGACAAAACAUGUCCAGACAUUUUUAGAGACAUUCGGAGUCUUACAAUUUUUAUGCUCACAUUUAUUCUUUGUCUGCUUCUUAAAGUAUUCAUCAUCUUCCCAUGUUGCCAUCUGUUUAGGUAUAAAUAUUCCUCGACGUCGCAUAUAAUCUUGCCAUUCCUCUUUAGUCAUUCCAUUCAUGUUACAAUUGAGACAUACUGAAUCAUAUCCAGCAUUAACUGUAUAUCUUUGGAUGCAGGCAGCAUGUGUAAAACACUCAAAUUUAAUGGAUUUUAUAGAUAUUUCAGGAUUAUAUUUUGGUAAUUCAGCACAACAUUUUGAGAAGAUGCAAGAUGCUGGAUUAUUUGAUGAGAUAAACUUAAAACAGACACAGCAAUAGACAUAUCCAGGAUGUCUCAAAACAUUCGUUUCUGGAUUAUGUUCAGAACAAUAAGAUUUAAAUUCGCCAAUAAAUUGUGUAAUGCAAUUUGCAUGCCGUCCACAGGGAUAAUGCCAUGUCUUAUCACAUCCAGUAGCUGCACAUUUAACAGCUGCAUGAUUACCACAACAAUGAAUACAUUUGUUAUCCUUUAUCGUUGAGAAAGCUUUAAUAACAUCAUUUUCUAAAAAUCCCUCGAGUCCUGGAUUCUUCUUUGUGCCUGAAAGUCUACUAAUUAAGCAUUUUAAAGACAUCAAUAGCUUUAACUUACCUUUUUGGGGAAAAUCAGACCCGCUUAAUAGACAGUAAUGAUGUGCGUCAAAUUCUACUGAUUUACUUCUGAGGAAUUUACCGUAGAGGGCCUUAUCUUCGAACUUAAAUUUGCAAAUAUCACAUUCGACGUCGUUAAACAUGUUAAAUUAAUUAAUUAAAGUACAAUACAAUAUCUUUGUUUACUUUUUU